UGUUUUCUUGUAGAUAUGUGUGUGAGAGAUUUGAUUUCUCUAUUUCUCUCUCCAAAGAAAGCUUAUCUGCUUCUUGGAUUGACCACAAAGGGAUGGCUCUGGAAGCUGCUUUCUCCAUGAGUUUUUGCUCCUUCUCUGUCCCUAAAGCAAUCUUCUGUGAGAGAGAAACUUCAUCUUUUCAACGAAUCACCUCGAGAGCAAAGGGAAUUGCGGGUGAGAGUCAAGUUCAAAGCUCUGAUGGAGUUGAGACUCAAGUCAAGGAAACUUCUCCCAAAGUAUUUGAUAAACUGCCUGAAAGAAAUUUAGAUACUUGGAGCGGUGGCAGAGAAACAGCAAGAGGACUUUCAGGUUCAGUAGUAAGAAACACUGUACGAAAAGAUACUACUUUACGACAUAUCUCACCUUCUAGUCAUUCAACAAAGGUUAGAGGAGAUAAGCCAGAGAUUUCAGGGGGUGAGAAGAAAGCUAUUGUAGAUAGAAGCAAGGCCUACGUAAAGCUGAAAUCUUUAGGGAAAGAAGUGAGAGACGCAGGCUAUGUACCAGAGACUAAGUAUGUUCUUCACGACAUUGAUGAAGAAGCUAAAGAGAAAGCCUUGAUGCAUCAUAGUGAACGGUUAGCUAUUGCUUUCGGGAUUAUAAACACUCCUCCAGGGACGACAAUAAGGGUGAUGAAGAAUCUGAGGAUAUGUGGAGAUUGCCAUAACUUCAUAAAGAUAUUAUCGAGUAUCGAAGAUAGAGAGAUCAUUGUAAGAGAUAACAAGAGGUUCCAUCAUUUUAGAGAUGGUAACUGCUCUUGUGGAGAUUAUUGGUAGACUUUUGUAUUAAAAGAUGUGAAAUUCUACAAAGUUAUACUAAACUAUGGGCAUAAGCCAUUUAUGCAACUUCCAA